AUGGCUACAGAUGUGAUUCAGCAUGCGCUCGGUGUGGAUAUACUCAACGCGCUUCUGGUCGAGUGCGCCAUACAGGGCGACGACUCGGGAGCGAGGAGGGCCUUGGCGAUGGGCGCGGACCCCAAGGCGCGCGAUGCUGCUGGCAGGACGGCUUUGACAUGUGCGCUAGCGGGCGAGAGCUGGCAAGCUGUAGGAAUGCUCCCGGAGGGAUCAUUCAUGUCGGAAGCCCGGCUGAAUGUACUUAGGAUGAUCGUGAGCCAUGCAGAUAUGUCGAUCUACGAGCUGAAUGCCCCCCAAGAGAGCUUCAACGGAGUAACAGCUCUCGGCAUGGCCGCUUGGCUGAACUUGCCCUCUGCACUCGAAGUGCUUCUUCGUUCGAGCGGUGGGCGGCUGCUGGUGGAUGCAGUCGACGCUCAUGGGGCUACUCCUCUAAUGUAUGCCUCUAGAGACGGUAAUCUGGACGUGGUACAGUGGCUGCUCGCUUACAGUGCCAGAGCAGACGCUCGCGAUCUCCAUUGCCGGACAGCUGUCCAAUUUGCUGUCGGCCAUCUGAGGGUAUUAUGGCUCUGCGAAGAGUCUCUACGUAGACGCCGAUUCCAAGAUGCCGAGAAACGCAAAUUGUCUCCGUUGCCUCAACCCCAUGCUGACGCCCUCGCGAACCUCAUCCUGUCGUCCACCUCCCUAUCCUCUCGAGAGCCUUGUACGCCGCCCUCCGUGGACUGCUUCUGCCGUGCGCUCUUAUCCAAAUUCACGGACUCCCUCAUCUCCGCUGUCACUUCCUCCGAUCUCCCGCUCCUCCUCUCCCUGCUCUUCCCCCAACGUCUCUCCUCUAUCGACCCGCUUCUCGUAAACCUCCCGGACUCCUCUGGGUGGAGUGCAAUCCAUUACUGCGUCAUGGCGCAUGACCCCUCCGUCGAGGUCCUGGACGCGCUUUACCGAGCUGGCGCAGAGCUGAGCUUGUUCACGCAGAAGGAGGAUUGGACGCCGUUGCACUGCCUCGCGCGGUACGCGGGGGCUGAGAGUGCCGGUGUAUACAGGUUCGUGCUCCAUUUAGUCAAGGACCUAAAGGCUCCGUUAGCGGCGAAAGACGGGGAUGAAGAUACGUGUUUGCACGUCGCUGCGGCGCACGGCGAGAGCAGCGAGGUGUUGCGAGCGCUGUUGGAAUGUGAUGCUACGGGAGAUGUGAGGAGGAUGAGGAAUGCGAAGGGGCUGACGGCUUUGGCCGUUGCGAAGCCGAGGUACAAGGCCCUUUUUGGCGCUGAUACGGAGCGUCCCACGUCCUCGUCAUCCAAGCGGACGGUGAAAGCGCACACGUACAGAUCGUCGCCUUUGAACACCAGCGCAUUAUCCUUGAUACCGUCGGAGCCGCUGCUGGGUCAGUUGGGCGCUGACGAUGAUUACGAAAGAGCGGAGGCCUCCACCUUGGCUGAAGGAAUCCUCGAUGAUCUGACUUACGUAUCUCGCGCCGCUCGGGAGGGGUGUUCGCGGGAUAAAGUCGACGAGUUGCUCCGUGUCCUGGACGAGGCGGCGCAAAAGAACAAGAAAGUGUUUGCCUCAUAUACGACCAUACUGGAUGAAGUUACGAAGGAGAUUGCUGACGUGCGGAAGCUGUAUGAUAGGGUGCAAGGACUUUGGGUAUCGGUCGAAAACAAAUUGACGCAGAAGAGAAGACAGGAUGAGGUCGAUCCUCAAGACAGCUGGACACAUGGAGAAAGACCAAGGACGCUCACAGCAGACUCCGCGGACUCCGAAAUGACAGCUGUCUCUCGACCUAGCAGGGACUUUUCCUCGCGGUUCAGCCUCGCACUUCGAUCUGUGACGGAUGUGCGCUCCCAGGCCGGCAGCGUGAUCUAUAAGGACAGCGGGGUCGCCACCUCGUCUGAGCUCGGCGACGGGACUAGCGCCCCACCUCGGAAGAGGCUGGUGCAGGUACCAGCUUGGCUCGAUGCCUGGUUGACGAGUACACCUGAGAGUGGCAGGAUUCGAACCCGGGCAGACUCGAGCCCUAGGCAUCACCCUGACGGUGGUACUGGCUUUGAAUAUGAUGACGAGUCCCCCUCGAUACGCAGGUCAAGAACAAAUUGCUCUCUGAAAGACUGCAAGAGUAGUGUAAGCGGAGGGGAGCAAGCAUCUAAGACUGAUGCUGCUUCAGCAAGCGCUGUGAAGUUCAAAGCGUGGCUGAAGAAGAAGAUAGCUCCGGACAAAUCGACGAAGCUAGACAUCAUGGUGGACUUGCAGGGCGGUGAUUGUCCCGUCGGGCGUGAGGCCAGGAAUCCAAGCCGGCUAGGAGAUGUGUCUCUGCUGGAGCCCUCCGACCGAGACGGGCGAAAGGCUGACUGGGAAGGGGUGCGAGCUCUAAGGGGAUAUCACGGUGUUCUAGAGACGGCACGAAAUGACCUGCGCAGCAUUGGGGAUUCCCUCAAAGCGGCUGACCAAUUUAUCACGUCUGUACAGAGGUCGAUUGGACAGGCUGAGCGUGUGGCUACGCAAGCUGUACAGUCUAGAGGGGACAUACUGGACAAUUUGUCCAAAGAUAUUGAAAUGGGCUCUCCAGUUCGUUCUGACUUCAACUUUCUGCUGUCCGACCUCGGGCCGUCGUGGUCUGGACAAGCCUCUCAUGUGUCCCUCGCUUCAACCCUGGUUGAAGGUGAAGAGGAAGAUACAAGGUUGCUGCGUAGAAUGAUGACGCGUAAGAUUGAGGCUAAGAUAGAUGGUGCGUAUGAUGAGCUUGACAAGUCCUGGACAUGGUUACACUUGAUUGGAGAUGUCCUCGCGGAGGUGAAGAGACGGACAUAGUGUGUAAUUGGUACGCUGCUAUGACAAAAAGCAUGGACCUUACGUUUGCUAUUGUGACUUGUACCAUGUAGGAUACAGGGAACUGUCUGGGACAUUGCCUUGUGGGAGUGUCUCAUUCUGCGUCAUGAUUAGCGAGCUAGCAG